CGCGCCUGCCGCCCGUCAGCCGCACCCCCGCCCCCGCCGGCGGCACCGGGACCCGCGCGCCCGCCGCCGUCCGCGCCGCUCGCGACCAUGCGCCCGCCGCCCGCCUGCUGGCCCUGCGUGCUCGCUGCGCUCGCCUGCGCCUUGGGAACCGCGGGCGCCUGGGCAACGGGACUGCAGCAGGAGUGUGAGUACCUGCAGCAGAUCGAGCAGCAGCAGGAAGAGUGCUUGCAGCAGAGCCAGGUGGAGAAUGAGACCGGGAGCACAGGCUGUGGCAGAAUGUGGGACAACCUCACCUGCUGGCCGGCCACCCCCCGGGGCCAGGUGGUCGUCCUGGCCUGUCCCCUCAUCUUCACACUCUUCUCCUCCAUCCGAGGCCUUAACGUGAGCCGAAGCUGCACCGAUGAGGGCUGGACACAGCUGGAGCCUGGCCCCUACCCUGCUGCCUGCGGCCUGGACGACAAUGUGUCCAGUCUGGACGAGCAGCAGCAGACCCUAUUCUAUAACUCAGUGAAGACCGGCUACACCAUCGGCUACAGCCUGUCCCUUGCCACCCUCCUGGUGGCCACUGCUAUCUUGAGCCUGUUCAGGAAGCUGCACUGCACCCGGAACUACAUCCACACCCACCUCUUCGUGUCCUUCAUCCUGCGGGCCACUGCCGUCUUCAUCAAAGACUGGACCCUGUUUCACAGCGAGGAGUUGAACCACUGCUCCCAGGGCUCGGUGGGCUGCAAGGCGGCCAUGGUCUUCUUCCAGUACUGCGUCAUGGCCAACUUCUUCUGGCUGCUGGUGGAGGGGCUCUAUCUGCACAUGCUGCUCGCCGUCUCCUUCUUCUCGGAGCGGAAGUACUUCUGGGGGUACAUUCUCAUCGGCUGGGGGGUGCCCAGCACAUUCAUCAUGGUGUGGACUGUCGUCAGGAUCCACAUUGAGGAUGUUGGAUGCUGGGACACCAUUAACACCCCCGUGUGGUGGAUCAUCAAGGGCCCAAUCCUCACCUCUAUCCUGGUAAACUUUGUCCUGUUCGUCUGCAUCAUCCGAAUCCUGGUGCAGAAGCUGCGGCCCCCGGACGUUGGCAAGAGUGACAGCAGCCCCUACUCGAGACUGGCCAAGUCCACGCUCCUGCUGAUCCCCCUGUUCGGUGUGCACUACGUAAUGUUUGCCUUCUUCCCUGACAACUUCAAAGCUGAGGUGAAGAUGGUCUUCGAGCUCGUCGUGGGGUCUUUCCAGGGCUUUGUGGUGGCCGUCCUCUACUGCUUCCUCAAUGGUGAGGUGCAGGCGGAGCUGCGGCGAAAGUGGCGGCGCUGGAACCUGAAGGGCGUGCUGGGCUGGGCCCCCAAGUCCCAGCCGCUGUGGGGCGGCAGCACGAGCGCCACGUGCAGCACACAAGUGUCCAUGCUGACCCGCGUCAGCCCAGGCACUCGCCGCUCCUCCAGCUUCCAGGCCGAGGCCUCCCUGGUGUGACCUGCAGGCACCCUGCACGUCCUGCAGUCGGCCUGGGCGCCACUGCUGGGGCCCGGGAAGCUCCCUCCUGUGCCCCAGCGGCCUCAGAAGAGCCUGGAAGGCCCUGGCCAAUCAAGGUUAAGGAAUCUUCGUUCUCUCCUCCUGGCUCCGCCCCGCGGAGCUCUUCUGGGCAAUGGGAGGGCAGCGGCACAGCCUCCCGGGAAGUUCUCCAGACCUGGUCAGGGUAGGGAGAUCACGCUGGCGAAGGCAUGUUUCUUUAGGUUAAGCUUUGCCAUCCUGGAUUCCCCUGUCCGGUGCCCUCCGGGCUGGCGCCUCCGGGCGAGUGGGUCUUUCUACCUCCGGCACAGGCAGGGGUGUGAUAGGAUCUAAGGUGUGGGGCGUGGAACGGGUGCCAGCUGCCCCUUCGUGGGAGGAACAGUGCAGCCCGGGACCAGGCAGGCCCAAGGCCUCGGGCAGUGAGGACGCAGCACCCGCACACACACUUCGGGCUCUGUCACGUGGGAUCGAUCACUCUAGCCUUACGUACAACCAAAGCAAUCAAGCUGCCUGCUGGGCACUCACCCAGGUGUCGACUGCUGCAUGCACCGCGGCCCCUUAAACCUCAGGCCGACCGGGUCAAUCCCUCAGAUAGGGAUAGAGUCUCAGAGACAGUGGGUGUUCGUCCAUCAUCCAGGCAGGAUUUAAACUCAAAUCGAGAUGAGGGAAGAGAAAGACUACUGCUUCUCUGCCUUGUUACAGUCUCAACAGCGGGAUCCUCUCAGGGCUUGUGUUAUCCUGAGUCAUUAGCGCCAGUUAUCCCUGAAUCCCCACCCCUGGAGUGCGGCUGAGGAGGCUCAGCAGCCGGUCACUGUUCACCCUUUGGACUGGGCAGACAGCUGGCCCACCCCCUGCCUGAAGACCCCAGGGCUGCAGCAGGUGGCCAUUAUGCCACCCUCAGGGUUGGUCUAGUUGGGCUCAGUGCCCCAGAGCUGCCAGACCCAUGUGGCCUGGCUUCUGGUCUGCAGCUACCACUCCCUACCCGGAGGAGGGGUCCAAAACAUGCCAAAGCCAGAAGCCGCCUGGGCCCGGGGCCUGGGUGGGAGCCCACAUUUCCGUGUCAAGCUGUUCACUUAUUUUGGAGGUGCAUCCUGUUUUUCUGGGUGUGAUAAAGGUAGAGCAGGUCCCCCACUGCCCCUCAGGCCUCUAAGGGCCUGCCCACUCCUGGGCAGGGCCAGGCUGGGUUCCCCGAGAUGGAGAUGGGUAAGCACCCAGGCAGGAUCACUCCUAAAACAAAGGAGCAGCAGAGAUGUGACCACAUCACCCCUUCACAGGGCACAACCAGGAGAAGAGGCUGCUGGCCUGGGCCCCAAGGCCAGCCUCAUGGAACCCAGCUCUUGCCUCUGCACACCAGAAGGGGCAACCUUGCUGGAGGAGCCAGUCAGUCACCACGCCAGGAAAGGAGGUCAGGCAAAUGGUGUGGCUCCUUCAAAUCCAGCGCAGGGCCUCCCACCAGCUGACAGAUCAGGGACCCAGCAACUGCCCAAACUGCAGGGAGGCCACCAGCCAAGAGCCAGAAAUGCCUUUUAUGUGCCUGGCUUCAAAAGAAGGACACAGGGUGACCCACAAGAGGGGGGCCCUGGUGAAGCAAAGACCAGGACACAGCAUGAGAGGAAGACAGAGUCCUGCACAUGGAGGUGACCAGGUGCAAAGGUCAAGGAGGGGGAAGUUGAGAUAGCCCCAGGCAAGGAGCUUGGAGAAAGUGGAUAGGAGGGCAACCAGAGUAGGAUUUCUCCUGCCCCUUCAUUGGUCACCUUCCGCCCCAGCCAGCCUGUCCCUAUUGCCACCUGCUGGGUGCUUUGAGAGCCUCCACAGGGUUGGCCUCAGGACACAGCACCUCCAUGCAAGUCCCUGCCCAGAGGCCAAGUGGCUCAGAAGGUGGCCUCCACCUGUGGAUCAGGGGAGGUGGCCAGGCAAGGGUCCCCAGUUGAACCUGGGACAGGGGACACCAGGGCCCAGGAUCUACUGCCACAGGCUGGACCCAGCCCUGCCACCUCAUCCUCCUUUUGUGGGAGAGGCUGCUGGGCAGGGCAGUUCUGCCAUACCAAGCCAUGCUCCGGGUCCCAAGGAAACCUGGGUUGUCAGACAGCAGGGCCCCUGCCAGCAAGAGCAGUGAGUGGGGCUUCCAGGACAAGGACAAGGGGAAGCUGGCACUCUAUUCACCAGGGAUAGAGGAGGAGGGCAGGGACAUUGGUGAGGAGCCCCAGGCUGCUGGAAUGAGCACCUAGAGUAAUGGGCCAGGUCAGGAGUGAGGGCCACCUGUCAGGGGAUGGUGUGUCCCCGGCACCCCCAUCUGGAGUGCUGGGUGGGGCAGGGUACAGGGUUGGAACCAGCCCUGCAUUCCCACUUCUGGCUUGGCCUCCCUCGCCCCACUGUGGGAACAGGAACUGGUCUUAUCUGUCCCCGGGGAGGGGGCUGGAGCACAGCUGGCAGUCAUUAAACACCCUGCUCUGGCCAGGAGGUCAAGAUAUUAAUAGCCAGGAGUUGGUGGCCCUGGAGACACAGCCUCUGGAGAGGACAGUGACCUCGGCCAGUGGUGGGAACGAGAGGACCAUCAUAGCAACACCCCAGCCUCUAAUCAGGGCACGUGGGCUUUGCUUGGGAUCACCGUCGAGUCACGGCCAGCACCCCAGACCCUGGUGCCACCCUUAGCUGGCUCCUCAGAGGCAAUAUGCAUGGAAGCCGGAAAGAGAAGUUCCAGUGAGCAACACGGAUUCCAUCUGUAUUUAAUCUUCACAUUUUAUUCAUCAUGUAUUUUUGCAUUAAUGUUGAUUUUUUUUAAAAAAAAAAAUAUUACAUUAAAAGUAUGUACCUCAA